GAUAUUGGGAGUGAGCCUAGAAUGGAACGAUUUGAAGUACCGCGUGGUAAGCGACCCCGAGUGCAAGUUUCAUUGGACGAUAAGGAGCGAGCCAUAGCCCGAAUCCGCUGUGGUGAAACCAAGGCCGGAAUAUCCCGCGAAUUGGGCGUUCCGGAGUCCACGGUUCGCGGUUGGGUAAAACGAGCCGAGCAGCGGUUGGCCCGAGAGACAGCUAGCCAAACGGGUACUGCCAACUAUCCCUCCAUCCUGGCCAUGACCCUGGCCAAGCCGCAAGUCACCAUCAGCACAAAAUCGUCUGUCAUAUCCAAAUCAUCAUACUCAUCGCCUCCGCUGGAUUUGAAAUCCCUAAAACGGCCCCAAAAGCGAAACAUUAAUGGUCAUCCGGUGGCACGCACCCAGAAUCCAGUCGAGGAUUCAGCAGCAACAUCCAUACCCAUCACCGUUCCGACUCCGAUGCCCCUUCCUGUGCCACCAAUUGUUUCGCCUGACAGUGAGCUACAUAUGAAUGCAUGGUUGCAUAUUUUCAAUGCAGGACUUCUGAACUUCACCCUGAUUGCCACCGCUGCGGUGCUUCAGGCGCGUUCCCGUGGUUUGGCGGAUCGCCUGCCGUUGUCGCAAAUUAUCGCGGAUUUUGUUGAUGAAGCCGGCCGUAAUGUGAAUGCCAAUGGGGGUCGGUACCUCGAGGGACAACCGGCGACCGGACACACGAGUCCCAGGCAACGCACAGUCCAAGUUUCCACGCAGGUGCAUUCGUAUCGCGGGAAGUUGAAGGCACCACCGGCUCAUAUCACCGCCGAAGAUGACGAUGACUCCUAG